GUCCAUGUUUCAAUGACCUUGGAAAAUAGAAUUCCAUUGACUGUUUUCUCUUACAUCUUAGAUAUCCACCAGCUAGAUGUUUGUAUGUAUUGUUUGCGCUUGCAAAUGAAUCCUACCUUUCCACUAAUGUCUCCGUCUUUCUAUUGGUUAAUACCUAUGUCAAUACAGUAAGCCUUGUGCGCAAAUUGGACUUCACGUGUCAAGCAUGUAGAAACCUAGUGUAGAUAUACAGACAGGCAUUAAAACUGAGUUCUAUGAUAAGAUUACCUGAUGCUGUCCGUCAAUCUAAUUUCAUGAUGUUGUUUUGCUUCAAUUCCAUCUGCAGCAACCACGUCUGCGCACAUUGAACUUGGAGGAAGUUUUUUUCUUGGCAAUUCCACGCGUAAAUGAGUAUACACAAUAAGUAUGAUACCCUAUCUACAUGCUACUAAUACUGUUUGAAAGAAGAAAUUGAGAAAAUUAAGUGAUAGUGACAGACACACCUAAAAUUAUUUGCAAAUCUUAUUUCUAACUUCUAUAUAAAAUUCAAUUCCGGUAUCUGGUAUACUAAAACAAACACAUUAAUUGUUUCUCAUAUAUAAAUAUAUAUUGUCUAUAUACAUUUAAUAAAGCAGGUUUAUUAUUACCCGUUAAAUCAGAUGGAAAUCGGUCCAAAUUUAUGUGUAUGGCCAAUUCAAUCAGGUAUAAAUCACGAAUUGAAUUCUAUGCAAACUUUAUCACCUAUUGUACAACAGAAUAAUUCCUUUGUGUACAGUCGAUCAAAUGAUGUUGUACUAGAAUUGGAAAGCGACAGUGAAACUGAAUUGGAAUCUACACCACAUCUUGAUCAUCAUGACCCAAUAGAGAGUAAACAUCAAGAAAAUCCUUGUCAAUCACAAUGGAAUACUAGAUUAAUUAAUUUAUCUACAGAUGAAGAUGAAGAAGAUUAUAACCAGUGUAUUGACAACAUUGAAAUUGAUAAAUGCAAUGUUCACAAUAAUCUUAAUGAUAAUAUAAUAAAUAAUCAUGGUAAUACUGUUGACCGACAAGUUGAACUUGGAAAACAGUCAUCGAUAGAUCAUAAAAAUCACCAAAACUUACAGAAUUUUCAUGAUAAAACUGAUGAUAAUGAUGAGAAUAAUAAUAACAAUAAGGAUUAUACAUGUGGAUUUUGUGGCUUCGAUUUUGGUACCGCUGAACAAGUAGAAGAACAUGUCCUGUUGAAACAUUCAGAUAAUUUAACUACUUCAAAUUAUAGUAGAACUGCAUCUACGAAUACUUCUAAUUCUUCUUCUCCAACAGUUCUUACCAACACCAUUAUUACUACUAGCAAUAAUAAUAGUAGUAAUACAGUUACUAUCACCAAAAAUUCCAAACAUUCAGAAGAUCCUUCUUCGAAGUUCAGUAACCUCAGAUCGAUAGCAAAAGACAGUAGGAAAUCACUAAAAAAUGACAAUGAAAUGUUAAAAGAAUUCGAUAAAACAUCUUCAACCGCUGAAAUGGACGACCAACAAUUGAUAAGAAGUGAUAAUCCUUUUCCAGCACUUGUUACAAAUAAUCCUAUGAUAACUGACUGCCCUUUAUGUGAUCGAACAUUUGUUGGACGUCGAUCAUUAAAUAUACAUUUGAAUAAAACACAUUCUAUUAAAGAAAAUGGCAAUAACAUUAAUAAUAAUACUAAUAGUAAUAGUAUUGAUAAUCCUGGCAGUAUAGCAAAUAAUACAGAUGCCCAACAAUUGAAGAUCAAUUCUGUGUCGAAAUUAACUCGCCUUGCAUGUUCUCGUUCUUUAAGAGGAUUUGGUGGGAAUAAAAACAAUGAUGUUAAUAAUAAUAUUAAUAAAACCACAAGUGAAACAACAAAAUCUACGACUGAAAAGUCUUUAUGCAAAAUUGUAGUUCGACCACCGAUUCUCCCAAGACCAUCUCGUACGACUAAUUCCAUUAAUGGUUCGUCGACAUCUCCAUCUAAAAUAAAUGUAGACAAGAAAAGCUUACAAAGUGAAUCAUUACCAUCGUCAUCAUCAACUUCACAAGAUAUUUCUGUAUCUAGAAAUAAUGAAUCUGAAGAGUUAAAUCCUCAAAAAUCUCGGCCAACUGUCUAUGCAGUCUCACCUCCAUUAGCAACAGAGCAAAGUGGUCUCAAACUUCGUAUUAUCUCAUUAGAUGCAGUAAAGAAAUCAACAAAUACACAUUCACCAUUACACAAUGUUAAGAAUGAUCAGUUAGAUAAAACACAUUUGACGAAUGAUAUAAGGUUAGCAUCUGCUACUUGCCCCUCACCCUCUCCAUCCCCCUCUCCCUCCUCGUCGUCAUCAUCAUCUUCUUCAGCAGCAAAAUCAUCUUUAACAACUCGAAUAACGUUGAAGAAAUUUAAUACAGAAGAAAAAUACGAAUCAGCCUUUACUUCACUACAUUCUUCAUCAUUGUACAGAAAAUCUCCAGUAAAUAUCAAUUCAAAAGAGGAUAACUGUUGCAUUUCAAAUAUUUCUCAAUCGCCUUCAUUACAAAGAGCUAUAUCUUAUCCUCUUGAUUCAAAUGAAGCAUCCAACUUUGGUGAAGUUGAUCAUAUGAAAUUAAAGUAUAAUUUUUCACCUAACAAUAAAACUUCAUUACAAUUAGACUUGAGAUCUUCAAAUCUUUCUGAUUUGUCUACUGGAAAAUCUGAAGCUAUGGAUACAAGUCUUCGAACAAGUGAUGGUUUAUAUAAAUGUCGUAUAUGUAAAAGAUUAUUUGCUAAUCGUUAUUCAUUAACAGGACAUUAUAAAUCUCAUUAUGAACCAAGUCAAAAACCAUAUUGUUGUGAUGAUUGUGGACAACGGUAUACUUCUCCAAGUAAUCUACAUUAUCAUCGUGGUCGUAAUUGUCCAGUGUUGAAAUUGAAAGCAAUCAAAGAAGGUAAACUUAUACCAAGUAGUGUACAAAAUACCAAAUUAUUAGAAUUAAAAGCUUUAAGAGCAGUUGAACGGAAAGCUUUAAUGAAUAAAUUAAAAGAUCAGAAUGAUGCAAAUAUUAAUGAGGUUAAAGAUAAUAUAGAUGAAGUGGAACAACACCGACCAUCAGCAAAUAAGAAAUCCCGAUCAUCAACUUGUAAGUUUGAUAAUAAUUGUGUGACUACUUCAAAAAUUGAUAGUAGUAUCAAAUGUUUAGAAGAAAACAUGAAGUUAAAAAGUCCAAAUUCACCUUAUGAUACAAUAUCACCUAGACCAUCAAUCAAUGAUAAUAUUGGCAAUGGUGUUAAUGAUAUUGGUAAUAUGACUCAAGAAAAUGAAAAUAGCUUACAAAUACAAGAGAUUGUACGAUUAUUUUUAAUGCAUGCCUAUCAGUCAGAUGAAUUACGUCAACAAUUAUUAUCAUUAACAUCAAAUGCGUUACUUACUGCAUUAUUACCAACGCAUGGAUUUAAUUCAAAUGUGUUUAUGAAUCCCAAUUCCACAUCAAAUCAACAGUUAUUCAGUCUACUUUCUAGUUUUAUCAAUUCUAACUGUUCACCAGGAAGAACCAUAAAUAAUGACCAGACUCAUGAUAAUAGUAAUUUGUUGUACAUGCAACAAAAGUCUGCCAUAGAAACACCACCAAUGCAAUCAAAUUGUUUAGAAUUAUCAACAGAAGAACCUACAGAUCUCACAAGUACAUCACAUAAUUGUAUUCGGCAAAAUAAUCAAUCUAACUCAUCAGGCAUUCAAUGUUCAAUCUGUCGUCAAGAUUCUCAUGUAUUUCAAGAUAUUCAAGGAUUACAAGAACAUAUAAUCGCAGCACAUUCUAAAUAUAAUAGAUCUUUAUCGGAAACAACAACAGAAACGGUGAACUUAAUCAAACCUUUGAUGAGAUGUCAUUCAUUAAGUGAAACAGUCCCUUCCAAUAUUGACUGGAAUAUGAAAACCACCAGUUCAAUGCCUACUACUCCAAACAUACUGUUGCAACAGCAUUAUCGCCAUCAUCAACCCCAACAAGAACAAGAACAACCAAUAAACUAUUCAGAAGAUUUAUCAAUAAAUAAUUAUAAUUCACCUGAUACUACUGAGCAAUCAGCAUCAUCAUCAUCAGUAUUAUCACAACGGAGUCUUCAACCUUCCAAUUUAGUAUCAUGUACAGAUUGUGAUCGAGAAUUUUCAUCAUAUACAGCUUUUCGUGUACAUCAUACAAAAUCACAUCAAUCUUCCAUUAACAGACAACAACAUAAUCAUAGUAACCAACGGAAAUCUAAUUCACGGCGUAAUUCAAACAAGUUACAAUAAGUAAAAUUGUAAUUUAUCGAUAUUAACAACUAAUUGAAACAAUAAAUUUUGAAACAAAUGAUGAAGAUUAUAGUAAAUAGUAAUAAUAAAAUUACUUAAAUGUAGUGUAAAUUAUUUUUAUAUUUACUUUAACAACUGUAAGAAUACUAGUUAGUAACCAUACACAUCAUUAGUGAAUUAUCAUUUCCAAUGUAUGUAUUAUUAUGAACUAAUAUGUAACUGAAAUAUAAUUUGGUUAAUCUAUCUAUUGUCUAAACAAAUAAAUACUAUUUGUACUUGCUUCUCAAAUAUACUUAUCCAAACAAUUCCCUUUAAUGAAUACUCUUGUCACUAUUACUACUGUUAAUAAUAAUAAUAAUAAUAAU